AUGAGCCGCCCCGCCAGCGUCCAUUCAGUGGGCGAGAAGGCCGAAGCGAAAGACACGCUCGCCGAGCCCGCCCCGGCCAGCGUGCCGUGGUUCAGGAGCACGUACACCCAGGCCGUGGUGACGGGCAUCGCGUCCUUCCUCGCGCCGGGGAUGUACGCUGCGUGCGCGGCCACCGGCGCCGGUGGUCUCGCCGACGUCAAGAUCGGGAACGCGAGCGUCGCCGUCGCGUUCGCGCUCAUCGUGCCCUCUGCCCUCGCUGCCACGGGGUACGCUCCGUACGCGGCGGCUUUGUACACCAACUCGGCGUUCGGCAACCAGUGGUUCCUCAUCCUCGGGGCCGUGAUCUGCGGCCUGACGUCAGGCAUCUUCUGGGUGACAGAAGGCACCAUCAUCAUGGUGUACUCUGAGCCCGCGCGCAAGGGGCGUCUCGUGGCCAUCUGGCAGAGCCUGUUCAACCUCGCCACGCUGGUCGGUGGUGCGAUCAACCUCGCGCUCAACGUCGACAUUGCCAAGCCCGGCGGGCUGAGGCCAAAGACGUACCUCGUGUUCGUGGGCCUCAGCUCGUGCGCGCCCCUGUUUUCCUUGUUGCUGUCCAACCCCAGGCAAGUGAAGCGCGCCGACGGCCGCCCGGUGCCUGCGCUGCCGAGUGAAGGGUUCUUCAAGGAGGUGUGGCUUACGCUGCUCGAGCUGCGCCACCCGCGUGUGUUGGCUGCGGCCUUCCUCUGGAGCCACUCGCUCUUUGUCCCGAGUUUCUUUAACUUCUCGGUGCGCGUGCGCGGCAUGUCGUCGAUCGUGCAGCCCGUCCUUUCCAUCAUCUGGCACCAAGCCAACGGACAGUACCUCCUCGACUCGAACAUCCGCCUGCGCAAGAAGCUCGUCAUCGCGUGGUCCGUCAUCCAAGGCAAGUGCUUUCCCUCGGUCAUCGCCGUCUGCGUGAUCUGGGUCAUGGUCGACCUGGUGUACAUAAAGAACCACCCCGAAGCCACCGUCGUCUACGACUGGGAGACGCGCCGCUGGGCCGUGUGGUGGUUCCCCGCGGUGCUCGGCAGCGCCGCCGCGUGGGUGUCGUACGGCUACAACUACUACAUGGCCGCGUACAUCAUCCCCAAGAACUCGGACGGCGUGCGCAUGAGCCGCAUCAUCGCGACGCUGCGCUCGGCCGAGAGCGGGUCCGCCGCGGUCGGGUUCGGCAUCGGCUCGCUCCAGCUCGCCAUGUACAAACUCGGCAUCAUCAACAUCUUCUUCUUGGCGGUCGUGCUCGUGCUUGGCACGUGGCUGCAUAUCUGGAUCUGGCGGGCGGACGAGAAGGGCACGUUUGGGUACGUUGAGGACUGGGCCGAGGCGCGCGAGGCCGCCCGUGAGGAGAAGUGA